AACCCUGCAGGCUGGACACAGAGCUCCGCCUUGAUGAGCUCUUUAAGGUUCCGAGAACACACUUUCGCAGCAAGAUUUAUUCCCCGGGCGUUGGUCACCCACUUCCACAGCUUUUGAGACAACAAACAAAAGACUAGGUUGCUGUUACUCCGGUGACUGGACCAGUUUCAGAUUGGAGACAUUGAUGCCUUUCUUAUAACAUUUUGUCCAAUUUCCCUGGAAAGAUGGCUUCCUCAAAUUCUUCCAACACAACUGUUCUAUUCAAGAAGGAGGAUAAUUUCGGGUAUCGAAUACCUGCGUUGCUCCACAUUCCCGAUACAGACAUGCUUUUGGCAAUUUCUGAGAAGAGACUGGGUCCCCACGAUGAAAAUGCUGAUACACUUAUGCUCCGAAAGGGCACAUACAAUAAGUCUUCAAAGAAUUUUGAGUGGGAUGAUGUCACAUGUAUUGAGUCUGCACGGCUAAAGGAUCACCGAUCCAUGAAUCCUUGUCCUGUCUACGACAAAGAAACAGGCAAGAUCUUCCUCUUCUUCAUUGCUGUAUAUGAAGAUAUGACUGAGCAAUAUCAAAUAAACUCUGGGAGAAACGUCACACGACUUUGCUUUGUCACCAGCGUGGAUGGAGGAAAGAGCUGGAGCCCUGUUAAUGAUUUGACAGAUAAUCAAAUAAGUGAACACUUUAACAAUUGGGCAACAUUUGCUGUGGGGCCAGGACAUGGCAUUCAACUCCGGUCUGGACGCCUGAUUAUCCCAGCCUAUGCUUAUAAAAAAAAGCCCAUUGGCCAAUCACAUGCUUUUACCUUUUAUAGUGAUGAUCAUGGAGAGAUCUGGAGUGUUGGGGACUUCCUUUCCAAAGAGGAAUGUGGUGAAUGCCAGAUUGUGGCCAUGAAUCAAGGGAAUGAAUCUGAAAUUGUUUAUUGCAAUGCUCGAAGCAUGAAGCACGGUGAACACCAGUAUCGCGUUCAGGCUUUUAGCACAGACGGUGGAGCUACUUUUACAGAUGGGUGUCUGGUAAAAAAGCUAGUUGAACCUCCAAAGGGUUGCCAUGGCAGUAUCAUCCACUUUCCAAAAUCAAAAAUUUCAAAACCCAAUAUUAAAAGUGAAAUUGAAAAUUAUCGCUUUCAGCAGGAGAAAGAUGCAUCAAAAUCAACAGUGGAUUUUGAAAUUAUAUUAUUCUCACAUACAACAAGCAUGGAGUCACGUAGGGAUUUAGGAAUCUAUCUCUGUACUUACCAAGAUCAUCCAUUACCAUGGACAGACCCUUGGAUCAUUUGUCCCGGUCCCAGUGGGUACUCAGAACUGGCCUUUAUUGAAAUUCCAGGGAUAGAAAUUCCUCUUGUUGCCUGUUUGUUUGAAUGUGGAUCCACAUCUGAAAGUGAUCAAAUCUCAUUCACUGUAUCCCAAGUUGAUGAGAUUAUUCAGAACAUUCUAGAAAUAAAACCUCAUGACAGUUCCUUCUCACGGUUAAGGGACCAGCUUUGUUUCUGUACUCUCUUCUGAUAGUCCUUCAUCUGAGAUGCUUUCUGUCUUAAUUAAACAAUGCAAGGAUAUUAUAACUAUGCAGAUUGCUUCCCAGUAGUUCAGUUUGAAAAAACAGUGUAGUUGCUCUCUGUAUAAUGUACUGCAAAAGUUACCAAACCCUAUUUGCUCUGUCUCACAUUUCUCUAGUCUGUUCCCACCCACACACCCCCAAACCCCAAUGUGCAAAGAAUAUGGUUUUAUUCAUCUGGAGAAGACUGUUUUCCCUUUUAAACAAAAGGUGUUUCAUUUUUAACAUGAUGCAUGGUGUACUUGUUGCUUAUUGAAAUAUUCACUAACACCAAGAAUGUAAAACUAUUGGGAAGGAAAGGCCUGUGCUUAUAUUUGCUUAUGAUGCUGUUUCAACCCUGGUCAAAGUUGGAUUGGAAGAAGUACCAAACAUACAGAAAACUGAUCAUGCCACUUGUACAAUAAAAGCAGAUUUCAAAA